AUGCCGUCGUCCGAUGUAACGUGUACUGCACCGUACCGAGGAAAUGGCGGGGGAUGGCGGUGGAUAGCGGGGGGUGGCGGGAAAUGGCGCAGGAUAGGGGGCGAUGACGGGGGAGCACCGCGCCGCCCUAGAGGAAGUGCGCCUGCAGCAGCAGCACGUGCACCUCAACCCCGCCAUCCCCGCGCCUCUCCCCACCACCCCCCGGAUCUUCCCCCUUGCAGCUCCGCGCUAGAGGAAGUCCGCCUGCUGCAGCAGCAGCGCAGGAGGUCCGCGCUAGAGGAAGUGCGUCUGCUGCAGCAGCAGCGCGUGCGUCUCAAGGGGAUAGCAGCAGACGGGGUCCGCGCUAGAGGAAGUGCGUCUGCUGCAGCAGCAGCGUGUGCGUCCGCCCUAGAGGAAGUGCGUCUUUUACAGCAGCAGCACGUGCGCCUCAAGGGGAUUGCAGCAGACAGGGUUGCUCACAGGCGCGGAAGGGGCGGAGGGGAAGAGGGGGGAGGGAGGCGCGGGUCCUCACCGUCCCCUUGCCCCCAUCCAUCCCAUCCCAUCCCCUUUUCUUCCCCCCUGCAGCUCCACCCUAGAGGAAGUGCGCCUGCUGCAGCAGCAGCGCGUGCGCCUCAAGGGGAUUACAGCAGACGGGGCGCUCCGUUUGUCCCUGCAAACACCCCCUUACCGCUCCCAACCCCUCUCCAUCUCCCCAGGUCCGCCCUUGAGGAAGUGCGCCUGCUGCAGCAGCAGCGCGUGCGCCUUAAGGGGAUAGCAGCUGACGGGGCGCUCACAGGCGCGGAAGGGGCGGAGGGGAAGGGAGGGGGCGCGGGGGGGCAGGGGGAGGCGGGGGAAGAAGGGGAAGGGGGCGAGGAGCUGGUUCUACAGGAUACGUUCGCGCAGGAAACGGCGAUUACUGUAGAAGAUCCUAACAUGCUCAAGUACAUAGAGGAGGAGCUGGCAAAGCGCCGAGGGGGAGCUGAGUUGACCCCCAUGCCCUUUCCCUCCCCACCCUCUCCCCCCAUUUCCCCCCCUCCCCCCCUUUCCCCCCGUCCGCCCCUUCCCCCUUGUUUCUCCAGGCUCAAGCUCAAGUACAUUGAGGAGGAGCUGGCGAAGCUCCGAGGGGGUGCUGAGCUUAAGUACAUCGAGGAGGAGUUGGCGGAGCGCCGAGGGGGUGCUGAGUUGAGCCUCAUGCUUAAGUACAUCGAGGAGGAGCUGGCGAAGCGCCGAGGGGGAGGGGCGGGAGCAGCUGGGGGCAGCAGAGGGGAGGUGGAGGGGGAGGAUGAAGUGUUGCGGGCUGAAGACAAGUUGCGGAAAGGCUGGAGGGAGGAGGCAGCACAGCACAGCAAGGAGCGCCAGCAGCAUGUGUUGCCGCGACUUUUCUUCCUCCCCUGUUCUUCCUUCCAUGGUACCUCCACCUCCUUCUCAAUCUUUCCUCCAAUUCUGUGUGCAGGUGGAGAAGCUGGAGGGGGGGGAGGGCGGCACGGCACCGCAAGGGCCGCCAGCAGCAUGUGUUGCCGCGACUUUACUUCACCUCCUUCUCAAUCUUUCCUCCAAUGCUGUGUGCAGGUGGAGAAGCUGGAAGGGGAGGAGGGCGGCACAGCGUGGACGACGGGCAUUGCGGAAGUGCAGCUGCCCAUUGACUACAAGCUGGGCAACAUUGAGGCCACAGAGGAGGCCAAGCGCAUGAUGCAGGAGAGAAGGCCGUGGAUGAACCGCACGCGCCCUCCGUCCACAACGCUGCCUGCCAGCUACAGUGCAGACUUCCAACAGCGCGGCCGUGAAUACGCGGAGAAGCUUAAAAGGGACAACCCCGACAUGGUGGAGAGGGGGGUUAGGUUCAGUGGUGGUUUAGACAGGGGCGGCAGGCAGCAACGGAUGAUCUUAUAUUGGAGAGGUGCAGGAAGCGGGAGAGGAGCCGAGUUAUGCGCCGGUAGUGCUGCUGGUGAUGCUGGUGCUACUGGUGGUGCUAAGGUGGAGAGGUGGGGUGAGUACAGUGGUGGUGGAGGCAGGGGCGGCAAGCAGCAAUGGAUGACCUUAUUCUGGAGCAGUUCAGGAAGUGGGAGAGAAACCGAGUCAUGCGCCGGUAGUGCUGCUUGUGCUGCUGGUGCUUCAAGGGGUAGGGUGGUGGGGAGGGUGGGUGCGUUGGUGUGGUGGUUGAGAGGGGAGCAGCAGGCAGCAAUGGAUGAUCUUGUGUUGGGGAGAAUGGCUCGACCUGCGCUUUUAGCGCUCUCCCUCGCGCUUCUCCUCGCUGUCGCGAGUGCUGGAAGUCCCCUCACGAGCUCCUCCGCGAACGCGAAGCCUGAUCCAAGCGGCAAGAAGGACGACGGUCUCAUGACCGACAUUCCCAAGGACAUCGCGAAGCAGGUUGCGGCAGGUACCGCGGCAGGUGUCACAUACGUGGAUACCGCGCAGGAUACGUUUUUCAUGGCGGAUGUGAAGAAGGCCGGAUGGAACGCGCAGAAAUGCCCGCCGGGCCUAAACAAGGAGCUUGCGGGCGCAUGCACUGCGAAGAAUUGCUCCAAGGGCGGGAUUGCAGCGAAGUGGAAAACCUCUUACCUGCAGAAAAACAAGCUCGGAUUCGAGUUGUAUGUCCCGGGUAACCCGCUGACUCUUCUCAAGGCGAAUCCCGCGUCGUGCUGCAACACCUGCGCCGCGAUGCCGCUUUGCACCUACUGGCAGUACAUCCCCGAUAUAACCAUCGACGGGAAGAAGGGCAAAGGCGCGUGCUAUCUGAUUCACGAUCAGAUCGACUUCUCCUGCGGAGAAAUGACCGCGCAGUACAACACGGAAACGAAGCCUGUCCACCUGCAAGUGCGCAUCGGCGGCGAGUGCAACCCGAGCCCGAAAAUCCUCAACGACCCGCAUCUGGUCGGCGCGCGCGGCACGCAUUUCGACUUCAACGGCCGGCCCGACAAGGCGUUUUGCCUGCUGACCGACCGAAACCUGCACGUGAACAUGCUGCUGCGUGGGUAUUAUGACGAGAGGACGGAUAACUCCGCGGCCGCCGUGGUUGACGGGAAGGCGGUGCACACGUGGAUCAAGGAGCUCGGCAUUGUUUGGACUGCUGCGGGUGUGGAUCAUAAGUUCCGACUCGCGGCGCGCAGCGGCAAGCAGCAGGAGCGCGGCGAUGGUUUCGUGAAGGAAAUCGAGAUUGACGGCGCCGAACUUCCGCGCAUGCAGGUCGGCGACAAGGUUACUAGCGCCGGCGGUCUGACACUCGAAUUCCGCGGCUUGGAGAAGGAGGGACCGUUCGAUGUGGAUUACUAUUUGCUCUCGAUCGACGGGUUAAUUACCCUUGACCUUCGCCUUCGUGUCGCGCAUCCGAAAUUGCAGACUCCAACCGAAGCCGAGGCGCACAUCAACGUCGGGAUUGCCGAGCUCGAGCACACGGAGGAGAUUCACGGCGUGCUCGGGCAGACGUACCGCGCGGAUCACGCCGCGCGCGCCGCGGAUUUCCAGCGCCUCGUUGCGAGCAUGCACCGUCCGAUCUCCGCCGAUGGCGCGGAGGGAGAGGGGUUUCUGGAUGGAACUCCCCGGUCGUACGAGGCGAGUGAUGUGCUUGCUGUGGAUUGCGCUUAUACCGCGUAUGGCCGCGCCAGGAAGGUGAUGCCCGUGCAGGAAUUCCCGUAA